CUGAAAGAUAAACUUUGGAAAAUGUGCGACGGGGAUGUUCACCACCGAGCAGGAAGUUGUUGACUGUAGUGAACAUCGACAUUAACCCUGAUCAAUAGUGAAUCAGCCCGAAGACUACGUAGUACAGUUAUGGUGUAACUCCAGUAACUUUCCUGUAUUUCACAAACAGUUAUCAGGCGGGGUGGAGGGACUUUGUUUAGUAUGUUUCUUGCAUCGCGGAAGACGUGCGGUCCCGUCUUUGUCCUCUCUGAGUGAGUACCUUUAUAUAUAAAACGAUAUAAUGAAGAGCAUGAGAACUCUAGCUGUCUGGACGGUAGUGACCGCUGCAGUCCUCACGGUCCUCAUCUCGUCCACCGCCACGGAGGAGGCGUCGUGUCAUGGAGCCUACGACCUGUACUUUGUUCUGGACAAGUCUGGCAGCGUGGACAAUGAGUGGGGGGAGAUCUACUCCUUCGUCAAGAAUUUGACGGAGCGGUUUGUCAGCCCACAUACUAGGUUGUCCUUCAUCGUGUUCUCCAGCCAGGCCAAGGUUCUCCUGUCUCUCACCAGUGACAGGGCGAAGAUUGAACAGGGGCUUCUUGAUCUUAAAGCCGUAAAACCCGCAGGAGAAACAUACAUGCAUGAAGGAAUGGCAGCGGCCUCAGCUCAGAUCAGGGCACUUCCUCAGAGGUCGGCCAGCAUCAUUAUAGCUCUGACAGACGGAGAGCUGACGCCAUUUAUCCUGCAACUCACAGUCGAGAAGGCUGAUGAAGCGCGCACGUUUGGCACCAGAGUUUACUGCGUGGGAGUCAAAGACUUUGACGAGAAACAGCUGGCGGAGGUGGCGGACACUAAGGAUCAAGUGUUUCCUGUCAAAGAUGGCUUCCACGCUCUCAGGGGCAUUGUUAACUCAAUAUUGGAGCAGUCGUGUACGGAGAUCGUGAGCGUGGCGCCGUCGACGGUCUGUGUGAACGAGACUUUCGAGCUGGUCCUGAGGGGGCGUGGCUUCCCUCGUGUCAGGGGCGUGGUCUGCAGCUUUGUGCUCAACCAGCAAACCAUCCGCACCCAGCCUAGCUCGGUUCAGAGUGACUACCUGCUGUGUCCUGCACCAGUGCUCCAUGAAGCUGGACAGAGCAUGGAUGUGUUCAUCAGUCUGAACAACACCCAGGCCUUCAUCUCAAACUCCUACACCAUCACUUCCUCCACCUGUUCCAAUGGCUUGGUGGUGGCCCUGGUCUUCCUGAUCCUGUUCCUGGUCUUGGCCCUGGCCUUCAUGUGGUGGUUCUGGCCGCUCUGCUGCACUCUGGUCAUCAAAGACCCUCCUCCACCUCCUCCCCCCAGCCGGCCUCCCCCUCCCGAGCCAGAGCCAGACCACAAGAAGAAGUGGCCCACGGUGGAUGCCUCGUACUAUGGUGGCAGAGGGGCAGGAGGCAUCAAACGCAUGGAGGUGCGCUGGGGAGAGAAGGGAUCCACCGAGGAGGGGGCACGGCUUGAGAUGGCGAAGAACGCUGUGAUCUCAGUUCCUGAGGAGGAGGAGGAGCCUAUGGUCCGGCGACCGCCACCCAGAUCCAUGCCCACCAAUCAGAACGUAGAGAACAAGUGGUACACACCCAUUAAGGGUCGGGUCGACGCCUUGUGGGCAUUGCUACGGCGACAGUAUGACCGCGUCUCAGUGAUGCGUCCCACCUCAGCGGAAAAGGGUCGCUGCAUGACGUUUAACCGGGUUCCCCAUCAGUAGAGAGAACGCCGCAGAACACCUCCACUCAUUUCCUCCUCUUCACCUUCACUUCAAGCUUCCUCUGACUGCAACUGACAUCAACUAUUCCCCGUCAUAGAUAAGAUGGUAUUGUGUUUUAGCUACGCUCCGUGUUCUCCACCAUGUUGUCGUUCUGAAGCCCACCUCCUUCCUCCUCAGACCACCUCAUAUUUUAUUAAAACAAUAACAGGAAACGAGACGGGUGCGAGAGCACCCAGCGGGUGUCACACGUCCAGCACCCUGAAGGCUCUGAUGGCAGACCUGUCAACCUAGUCAUACACAUAGUCACACACACAGUAACACAUACACACAGACACUCAAGUGACCGACUGCAGUCAGGAGGCCUGAAGGCCUUCAUUAACUUUUGUACCCCCAAAGACACCUUUUCACUCCUCCUCUUCAUCUUUCAAGAAGAGAAGAGUAGCGGAGUUUAAACGCGUCCCCAGUGCUCUGAGGCCCGGACACUCACAUGGGCAGGGGGGUCCGCAGCAUCAGAAGACCCUCAGAUCGGUCUCCACCGCCCGCCACCGCCGCGGCCACCGUCCCCGGUGCUCCGGGAAGAUCCAGAAUAUCAAAGUUUAAUUAAAAUAAUUAAAGGCAACAGCGAGCAGCCGCCUGUGAAGAGAGGCUCCCUGGCGUUAUGUCUUGUGACGGGGGAUGACCUAUUACUGUUCUAUUCACGUCCAAACACAAACCCGUCGCAGCGGAGUCGACGGACGGAUAAGUAUUGCUCAUUUCCACAAAUUAGCCCCUCGCCCUGCCGCGUCCCAAAAUAGGACGGCCAUCCUGCGUAGCGGACAUACUGUGGUACAGUGCAGCGCCAACCCCGUCCCGAAGCCUGCCUGGCCUGGUGUGUGUGGGGGGCGGGGGGAAGGGGGGCUCCAAUGAUCUCGUCACUUUGGAUUCGGCGCUUCAGACGUGAAAUGGAUAUUGGAGUGGAAACCUGCCAAGGCUGGCGCGUUUGACGGCGAGCGGUAUGGACAACGACCAGCGUUGGGGCGGUGCCGCGUCUCGCUGGGGCCGGGACGCCUCGUCACAUGACACUAAAAAUAAGUUCAACCACCGUCAAGUUCCCGAGGAGCGAGAGCGGGGCCCUGGCGUCUCGACGGCGGUGCGAGGGGUGAGAGGGGCUGCGGGGCCGGGGGAGGGCCGCGGGCGCAGUGGGGGGUGGGAUGGCAAGGGCAAGGAUCACGCCACACUCGCCUCAUUAUUCUUUUGUUGGGUGGUCAGCGACCCCCGCGGAUGGCGAGCAAGCUUUCUAUCUUCUGAUUCAAAAUGCUGCAGCUCUUCCAAGAAGGUUCCAGAGACACCAAGUGGUCUUUGAUCACAGCUCAUACUGAGUAAUGGGAUAAAAUUGAUAAUGGUUGCCCCAGACCUUAUUUCCAUUUGGCAUCAUGCUGCGCUGCUUUCGUUGUGCGUUUUAAACAUGUCUAAAUGUUACACAACAUAUGUCCCGAUACAUUUCUAUCAUUUGUAUCUAUUGCUUAGCUUUUUCCUGUGUCCCAGGUUUUGUAGGAAAAGUAUUUAAGUACCGUACUUUUAAAAGAAUUUCAAGCACAAAAAAACUAUAAAUAUACAUAUAUUUAGUAUGUAAUUUUGUGUCAAACAUUUCAAUCCUUUUCUUUAAAUAUGAUAAUGUUUUGGUAUUUUUUGCAGCCUGUAUUUUGAAUUCUUGAAUGAUUUCUUUUUUAUAAAUAAUUUUGAAGGAGUUUAGUGCUAUCAAAAAAAUCGAAUGUGUUAAAUAUAUAAAUAAAUGUGUUAUAAAUAAAUAAAUAAAUAAACAUUUUUCUAAGGGGGAUAUAAUAUUUCCAUAGGUUGAAUUUAAAUCAUUGGUUUUAAGGUGGCCACAAAAUGUUUGGAGUUUCUGCAGCCAUGCUGUGGGUUUUAGUGUGUGAUAUAGUGAGGACCAGUCCUUGGGUUCCAGAUGUCUCUGCUCCAACUGUGGCUACUGGCUAAAGGCUAGCAUGCUAAAGGCAAUGUUUAAUUGGAGACAGACAGGAGUGGUCACAUGGAGCAUGUGGACAGAAUGUCGUCUCUGUCCUGAGACCUGAGGCGCACACACACAUACACACACACACACACACACACACACACACACACACACACACACACACACACACACACACACACACACACACACACACACACACACACACACACACAAAUAUAAACACACACACAAAUAUAAACACACACACAUAGGUACACACUCCUUCCAGAUCCUGAUUGGCAAAGUAAAAAACAUUUUUUUAAAUAACUUUAUUUAUUGAUACGUGUUAUAUGCCUGUUUACCAUUUAAUCAGACUACUGAAAUGUAGACUGCAUAUGUAUCUAUGAUCUAUAUUUUGUAACUAUAUUUUCAGUGACAUAUAAUAUGUAGGCUUCUCUAUAGUGUGUAUAAUAUAGACAGAUGGAUGGCUGGAAUGAUGGAUGAAUGGGAGGAUGGAUUCAGGGGUGGGUGGAUGGAUGGAUUGGAGGAUGGAUGGGUUUCAGGCAGCCUUUUCCUGCAGUUUGCUGGCGGAUGAGGAGUCUCUCAUUGCUAUGCAUGUGCCAGAUGAUUCAUAAACCUGUUCCAUAUGUUGCCGCAAUUCACUGAUGGGCCCAAGCUGUUUUAGUGGCUGGAAAAUCCUGGAUUAUACCGCUUGAUCCUGACUGAAGAGAGAGGAGGAGAACAGAGGAGAAGAGUGAGAUGGGGGAGAGGAAGGGAGAGUGAGAGGAGGUCGGGUGAGGGAGGGAGGAGAGAGGGAAGAGUGGUAGGAGAGAGGGAAGGGAGGACAGUAGAGGUCCACUUAUUUAAUUGGUUAAAUAGGUCAGUCACCUUCUGUUUAAUCUGCCGAUGGGUCUAAACCCAUCCACGGUCUUCCUGAAAACAAGCAAACAAACAAACAGACCGUCAACAUGUUUGUCACCUGGACUCUGUCUAUUGUUCUGUCCCUUCGUCUGUCCACUUGCCUUCCUGGCUCUCUGUCAGAGAGACAGACAGAAACAGGCCUGUGACUCCAAACUAGUCCUGUUGUUUUCUAUUCCUUUGUGUUUUUGUUCAUCAAACUUAAGGGAAAAUUCUGAUUGAUAAUUUAAAACAAGAAUUAAUGGUUUUAUUAUGACUAUUUAUGAACUGAUUUUUGUUCACCAACAGUUUUUUUCAAAAGAGGGUCAAAUUAAUUUAGGUUCAACAGUAGAUUAUGAAAAUGUAAUGAUUGAAUUUAGUCGGUUUAGAAGGUCAACAUUAGUUUGGUUUCUAAAAAGGCAGCAAACAUAUGACCUACAUGUAUACAAUACAACCCUAAUACCGGCCUUAGGCAUCAAGAAUGGUUUGUAAUUGUGUUUAGUUAAACAUUGCUAAAAAUAACAAUUUGUUUGACUAAAUUGCCUUUCCAUCACCAUUUCGUAUUUUCUGUGGAAAUUCACCCUCAGACGUCCGCAGAAAAGGAAAGCAUGCAAUGCUUCUGUUCAGUAAAGGUUGUUACUGUCACAUCUAUAACCUGCCCAGAGUCCGAUUUACUGGUUAUUUUAUAUUUUUUGUCAUAGCAGCAUAUAAGUGUUUGCGCCUUAUUCCUGUAAAGAUCACCACUUGAGGAUAUUUGUUAACAAAGUCAACUGACAGGUAAGCAUUUGAUAUUAAAAUAUGUACCUAUUUGGCAUUGUUAGUUAUUUUAGUUCAACAAUAAAUAGGUACAUAUAUGUACUAUAGCAACUCCCUUGACCUCACUUC